GUGAGUUUUGGUUAUAUUUGAUGUAUUCACGAAAAUAGAAAGCAAAAAAAACUUAUAAGUUUAUUGAUUUACAGAUCGAAAAGGGCAAAGGAAGAGGACUCAAUGAAAAACAUUUCCAUUCUUUGAAGAACAAAGGAGGUCACUGCUUUCCAUGUGUAACCCUAGAUUUAUGAAAUCGUCCUUGUUUGACGGUUUGAUUGAUUGUUUAAUCUCUUUUCACGGGCUUCAGUUUCUGUGUUGAAUCCCGCCGAAGCUGCUAUCUUUGAAGUUAUUACAGGAAACCUUGACUGCUGAGGUCAUUGUGAGAUUUCCUUCCAUAGAGAAAAUGAUUUCCAGAUCGUAUACCAAUCUGUUGGAUCUUGCGUCCGGGAAUUUUCCGGUAAUGGGUCGCGAAAGAAAGCGUCUUCCGAGAGUAAUGACCGUUCCUGGUAUUGUCUGCGAGCUCGAUGACGAUCAGGCCAAUAGUGUGUCGUCGGACGUUCCCUCAUCGAUCGCUCAAGAUCGUAUAAUCAUCGUAGCAAACCAGCUACCCGUGAAAUCGAAGCGAAGGCCUGAUAACAAAGGCUGGAGCUUCAGUUGGGAUGAAGAUUCGUUACUGUUGCAGCUCAAGGAUGGAUUGCCUGAAGACAUGGAGGUUAUCUAUGUUGGGCUCUUGAAGGUUGAAGUGGAGCCCAAUGAGCAAGACGAUGUGUCUCAGAUUCUGCUCGAGAAGUUCAAAUCUGUACCUGCUUUCCUCCCACCAGAUAUCUUCGACAAAUUCUAUCGUGGUUUCUGUAAACAGCACCUCUGGCCUCUGUUUCAUUAUAUGCUUCCCUUCUCUGCUGAUAAGGGUGGACGUUUCGAUCGUUCUCUUUGGGAAGCCUACGUUUCUGUGAAUAAACUCUUCUCGCAGAAAGUGAUAGAGGUCAUCAACCCAGAAGAUGACUACGUGUGGAUUCAUGACUACCAUCUCAUGGUGCUUCCGACUUUCUUGAGGAGACGCUUCAACCGAUUGCGAAUAGGUUUCUUUCUCCACAGCCCCUUCCCUUCGUCUGAGAUCUACCGGACUCUCCCCAUCAGGGAAGAGAUCCUCAAGGCGCUGCUGAAUUCUGACCUGAUUGGCUUCCACACUUUUGAUUACGCUCGGCAUUUCCUCUCCUGUUGCAGUCGGAUGCUGGGCUUGGAGUAUCAAUCAAAAAGGGGUUACAUUGGGUUAGAAUACUAUGGGAGAACCGUAGGCAUCAAGAUCAUGCCUAUUGGAAUCCACAUGGGUCAGAUCGAGUCUGUGCUGAGACAGGUUGAUGAAGAGUGGAGGGUUGCAGAGCUUAAGCGGCAAUUUGAAGGGAAAACUGUUUUACUUGGUGUCGACGAUAUGGACAUCUUCAAAGGGAUUAAUCUGAAGCUCUUUGCAAUGGAACAGAUGCUCAAGUUGCACCCCAAAUGGCAGGGAAGGGCUGUACUGGUUCAGAUUGCUAAUCCUGCGAGGGGCACAGGAAGAAAUCUUGACGAGAUACAAGAAGAAAUACAGUCGAGCUGCAAGAGGAUCAAUGAACAAUUCGGUAGUCCUGGUUAUGAACCGGUGGUGUUCAUUGAUAGGCCUGUUUCGGUUAGUGAAAGAAUGGCCUUCAAUACUAUUGCGGAGUGUGUUGUCGUCACAGCUGUAAGGGACGGUUUGAACCUUACUCCCUAUGAGUAUAUUGUUUGCAGGCAGGGAGCCUCUGCAGCUGGAUCGAGUUCAGAGUCUACUGGACCAAAGAGGAGCAUGCUAGUGGUGUCAGAGUUCAUUGGGUGCUCUCCUUCACUGAGUGGGGCAAUACGCGUCAACCCAUGGAAUGUUGAUGCGACGGCCGAGGCAAUGAAUGAAGCUAUUUCAAUGCCAGAUGCUGAGCAACAGCUAAGGCAUGAGAAGCAUUACAGGUAUGUAAGUACCCAUGAUGUGGCUUAUUGGGCACGAAGCUUCUUGCAAGAUAUGGAGAGAAGUUGUAGAGAUCAUUUCAGGAGAAGAUGUUGGGGAAUUGGGUUGAGUUUCGGUUUUAGGGUUGUGGCCCUUGAUCCUAAUUUCAGAAAGCUUUCCAUAGAUGCUAUUGUUUCAGCAUAUUCAAGGGCUAAGAGCAGAGCCAUACUGCUGGAUUAUGAUGGCACCGUCAUGCCUCAAACCUCGAUAAACAAGACUCCAAGUCAAGAGGUUCUCUCCAUUCUAAACACACUUUGUGGGGAUGAUAAGAAUACGGUCUUCAUUGUUAGCGGAAGAGGGAGGGAGAGUUUGGGAACGUGGUUUUCUUCAUGUGAGAAGCUUGGGAUUGCAGCCGAACAUGGCUACUUAUUGAGGUGGUCAUGUGGUGAUGAAUGGGAAAUCUGUGGCCAGGGUACUGAUUUUGGGUGGAUGGAGAUAGCUGAGCCAGUAAUCAAAUUGUAUACAGAAGCCACUGAUGGUUCUUCCAUUGAAACCAAGGAGAGUGCGUUGGUUUGGCACCAUAGGGAUGCAGACCCGGGCUUUGGGUCCUGUCAAGCAAAGGAGCUGUUAGAUCACCUAGAGAGUGUGCUAGCAAAUGAACCUGUUGCUGUGAAGAGUGGUCAGUUCAUUGUUGAAGUGAAGCCUCAGGGAGUAAGCAAAGGUCUUGUUGCAGAAAGGGUCUUUACCACCAUGGCUGAGAAAGGGAGGCAAGCAGAUUUUGUGUUGUGUAUUGGGGAUGAUAGAUCAGAUGAGGACAUGUUUGAGAUCAUUGGUAAUGCUAUGAACAAGAAUAUACUGUCGUCUCACACAGCUUUGUUUGCCUGCACGGUUGGGCAGAAGCCAAGCAAAGCCAAGUAUUAUUUGGAUGACACAAUUGAGGUCAUCAACAUGCUGGAAGCUCUAGCGGAAGCCUCUGAUUCUCCAUCCUCCAAUGACUCUGAUUCAACAUCCGCCUAAGAAGGAACUUAAGGUGAUCCUUGUCCUCUUCCUUCAGGGCUUCCUUUGUUUUGAGGAACUCCAGUGUCGUCUAGAGUGAAAACUCGGAAAGAUUAUGGAAGCCUAGAACUGGAGGUGAUGAUCAUUUGCACAGCUCUGUUCAGAAAGAAUUUGUUGGAAGACUUUUCUGGCCUAUUGUGGUUUAGGCGGCGGAUAGCUAAAAAAAGACACCUGCAGCUUCAAAUGUUACUGUGAGUUGAAGGGUGCUCAGUGUCCGAAGGCCAGAUUAUUUUUGCUGCAUCAGCUCAAACAUUUGAAGGAAUUUAACCAUUGUUAAAGGUUCAUUAAUUGGGAAAGACUGACUCAACAGAAGGGAACACCGCUUGUUUUUUAUUUUUUAUGUAGGCUUGAUCAUCUUUCAGCUUCUUAGCAAGGAAUCGGAUAACAAAUCUAGAAGAUCCUGUGGCUGCCAAGAAACUUGUGGAAGGUGAAGGGUAGCAGGAACAUAUGCAUAUAUUACUGAUAAUGUAGUUGCUAAUUAUUUCCCUUCCAUUCUCUUGAGUCUAAGUUAUGGUAGUUUUCUAUUACUCCAUUUGUUAAGUGGGUUAGUUGAAUAUGUGAAUCCCAGGGAAAACAUUCGUGGGUC